CUAUAAUAGAUAUUUCAAACAUUCUAAAACUUCACAGGACACUGGAUACAAAUAAUGUAUGUUAUAUUAUUGGUAAUCUUUACAUCAGGUGUUGUUGGAGUCGUAAUAGAUACACCAGCAGAAAAAUUAUACCAAGUACAUUGGCAGGUUUCAGACAGAGACAAUUUUAAAUUUAAAGCCAAUGCCCAGAAAGAUGUCAUCUUGUUAAUGGACGAUUAUACAGAUUUUAAUGUCUAUGAAAUUCUUUUUGGGGGAAAUGAAAAUACGUAUUCUUGUAUCCGUAUGUGUAAAGAUUGUCUUUGCUAUGACCGUUCCUUUGUCUGGCACAGUACACUGGCUAUUGGUCUGCAAAAAUGCUUCUGGAUUUUGUGGAAUUUGACCUCUUUGUCAUAUGGAACUGGUUUAAACAUUGGAGAAAACGCAAUUUAUAGAUAUGUCAAUUCAAGUAAAAUAUUAAGGACCAAACGCAUCUUUAUCAGCACUUGGUUUGGCAGUAGGGGUAUAUGGGAAAUACCUGAUUACUUGACAUUUGUUACCAAGUCAAAUCUACAGAAUAUAACCAUCUAUUGGGAUGUGGCUGGUGUUUCAUCGGCCCUAUGUUCAAUAGAAGCGUGUGCACGUGUUGAUAUUAUCUUCACCACCAGUUUGGCUAAUGUAUAUUAUAAAGUUGCUUUAGGGGACUGUUCUAACCAAUGCACAACUAUCCAGAAAGUCAUAUCCAACAAUGUGUCAACUGUCAAAGCCAACUUGAAUCCUCUAGAAUGUUCCCGUUAUGGAGAUGUAUGGAUAAGCUGGGAGACUAAGAGACUGGUAGUUGGAACUGGACGAGUUCUUCACCAAGAUGUCUUUAUUUCUAUGGACAAUAUCCAGAAUGAUGCUAUUGUCGAACGGAUGCAGAUACAAAGCUCAUUAUCGGCUAAGUGGAAAAUAGACGUAUACGGUUGUGAAUUCGACAGUUGGCAGGCCUGGAAGAAUGAAGUUACUUCCAAUCGUUUCAAAACCAGAAGACGCAUCUGUCACUGUAAACGCCCGUCUUCUCAUCCUACAUCAUUUGAUGGCGACUUCCACUGUGAUGGGGAAUCGGAAGAUAAACUGGAAGAAUCUAUCAAACGGUAUAUUUGGCGAAAUGCAGGAAACAUCUACUCCACCACCUUGGCCAAAAAUGUCAUCACUAACAUUUCAAAAAUAAGGUGUGGUGUGGCAUGUGGCUUGAGGGACCGCUGUUCUAUUUUCUCGUACACUAAGAUAAAUACAGCCUGUUGGUUGUAUGACGUACAACAUUUCGAUACACAUGACUUUGUAGAAAACGAAAACUUCAGAACCUAUGUUAUUUUGAAUUAGUCUUGGUGAUGAUGGUUUAACAUGCGUCCGAAAUAUCUGACUGAUGGUUUUUAUUAAUAGACGACUAUUUUUCUUCACACUAUACGAAUGUCUGGGCUUUCUCUUAGCUGCCCCAGGUCGACCUAUAACGUUAGCGUUAAGUAUCCACGACGAUUUUUAUCGACAAAACCGGCUUGUCGAAUGCAACGUUCCUAGCGUUACUUCACUUAUAAACAGACGACUUGCACUCGUUUGUUUACUUCCUGUCUGACAUUUUGACAGUUAAAAAUCUUACUGUUUCUUCUUGAAAAAUUAUAAUAGAACGGUGAUAUUGUCUAGGCCUAUUCAAAAAUGUUCUUCUAAUCACGGAUUACCAUUAUGACAUGGUAUUUAUGACGUUAUGACGUCAAACCUCUGGGUCGCUUAAACGUUAAGGAUACUGGUUUUCGCCAAAGCCCUGUAUAUACGGCUUUGGUUUUGGCGUAUUUAUGUCAGGGGAAAACCAAAAUUGAAUUAUUUUUUUUUUUAUUAAACUACCUUAAAAUAUUAGAACCUUUUUGUCAUUGUUCGUUUUGUGUGUGUAGAAAUGGGAAAUUAAGGAGUACAAUGACCUCUGCUCAAGCUACCAAUGAACUGAUUCAGAAGGGGUGGUCUAUGCAAUGUGGCCCCCAGUACUUCCGACAUUGUAAUUGCAAAGUUAAAACUUUAUACGCGUGAAGUAUUUGAUGCAUUA